AUGUGGCGUCACCAGCAUCCUUGCCCCCAAUCUGCAGAAAUCACAUCAGUCCGACUUCUGCUUGGUCACUUUGAUCCAGUGGAUUGCCAUCUUCGUGGUCAAUGUCUUCGUAUGGUCCCUCGACCUAUUGGACAUCUAUUCACUCUCCCUCCCAUUGUGCCGGGAGUGGUGAUCCAAGGCUGCGGUUCAAUCCGCAAUCCUCUUCCUUCGUGUCAUAUAAAAGUCCCCUCUUGCUCUGUAGGAUCUCGACCUCAUCUGCCGGUUUAUGUGAUUUCACCCCACCACUGCCACCGUAUCCGUGCUACUCAAGGCGUCGUUCUACCCUCUGCCUCAAGCCAGACCUACUCAACAAGCCCCUAA